ACUGUCUCGCGAGAAGAGACUUGUGACGUCGGGAUAAGCUGUCAGUCAGAAGCAAGGCUCUGGAUAGCAAGGCGUCGUGGGACGAUUAAGCAGAGACACGGGACUGCGGGUCUUGUUAAGAAAAUCGUGCCAACUCUUGGGAGGACUGACGGAUCACUAGAUUUACACAUUGGGACGAAAAAAUAUGGAAUAUUUUUUACAGCUGACUGAACAUACCCAAAGGAACUUUAUUGACAGUACUUUGAAAAUCCUCAGUUAGCAGUUUGUUCAUUCUCUUAAAACAAACCAGCAAUUUCCAGAUAGAGCUCAUCAUUGUUUCCACUGCUCUGCCUGGCACAUGUUUGGCUGUCAAGCCCAGUCUAUUUAAUUUUCUCUUUCUACUACCUUAUAAUUAUUUUUUUUUAUUUGUGACCCAAAGAAAUACAUCAAAAUGGUUCUGGAUGAGUACUUGUGGAUGGUUAUUGUUGGCUUUAUUAUUGCUUUUGUCUUGGCCUUUUCAGUUGGAGCAAACGAUGUGGCCAAUUCAUUUGGCACAGCUGUGGGGUCUGGUGUGGUAACAUUAAGACAGGCCUGCAUAUUGGCUUCAAUUUUUGAAACAACUGGUUCUGUAUUACUUGGAGCUAAAGUGGGAGAAACUAUUCGAAAGGGAAUUAUUGAUGUAAACCUCUACAACAACACAGUGGACCUACUCAUGGCUGGAGAAGUUAGUGCAAUGGUUGGUUCUGCUGUUUGGCAGCUGAUUGCAUCUUUCUUGAAACUUCCAAUCUCUGGCACUCACUGCAUUGUUGGUGCAACUAUUGGCUUCUCACUUGUUGCAAUUGGUACACAUGGUGUUCAGUGGAUGCAGCUUGUCAAGAUUGUUGCCUCCUGGUUCAUUUCACCCCUGUUGUCGGGUCUGAUGUCUGGUGCACUGUUUUUGAUGAUAAAGUUCUUCAUCUUGAAUAAGGAGGAUCCGGUGCCCAAUGGACUUAAAGCACUUCCAGUGUUUUAUGCUGCUACAAUAGGAAUUAAUGUUUUUUCUAUAUUGUUUACUGGGGCCCCUUUGUUAGGACUACAAUCCUUUCCAGUGUGGGGCACUGCUCUGCUGUCAAUAGGCAUUGCUAUCAUCUUUGCACUAGUAGUUUGGUUCUUGGUUUGCCCAUGGAUGAAAAAGAAAAUCGCAAGUCGAUUGAAGAAAGAAGGAGCAAUGUUAGGUAUAUCAGAGGAAAGUCUUGAUAAAAUCCAAGAUGAAGAGACUUCUGUAUUUAAAGAAUUGCCUGGUGCAAAGGGAAAUGAUGAAAGUGUGUUACCUCUCACAAGCUCUUCCACUGAGGUAGCUGUUGCCUCUGAUUCUGUAUCAAAUGGAAACACUAGAGUGCCAUAUGGAAGAGCUGCUUCAAUGACAAAUGGGUCCAUUCGAUCCCCUAUUUCCAAUGGUACAUUUAAUUUUGAUGGCCACACAGUGAAAAGUGAUGCUCAUGUGUAUCACACCGUGCAUAAGGAUUCUGGGUUGUACAAGGACUUAUUGCACAAUAUACACCUCGACAGAGUAAAAGUUGACCGCCCUGCUGCUGACAAUAACUACCGGGUACUGAGGCGCAACAACAGCUACACUUGUUACACUGCUGCUAUUUGUGGUGUGCCAGUACAUUCAACUUUUAAGUCAUCUGAUGUAGCCAUGCCUGAAGAUAGUGAAAAGCUAGUUGGAGAUACAGUAUCUUACUCCAAAAAACGGGUACGCUAUGACAGCUAUUCCAGUUAUUGCAAUGCAGUUGCUGAAGCAGAAAUUGAAGCAGAAGAAGGUGGUAUAGAGAUGAAGCUUGCUACAGAACUAGCUGACCCAAAUCCACCUCAAGAUGAUUCACUGGAAGAGGACAAGGAAGAGAAGGAAAAGUCAGAAGUCCAUCUCCUUUUUCACUUUCUCCAGAUUUUGACAGCUUGUUUUGGAUCCUUUGCCCAUGGUGGAAAUGAUGUUAGCAAUGCAAUUGGACCACUUGUUGCUUUGUGGCUGAUUUAUCAACAAGGAGGAGUAAUGCAAGAAGCCUCUACCCCUGUCUGGUUGUUAUUAUAUGGAGGAGUUGGCAUCUGCGCUGGCCUCUGGGUAUGGGGUCGAAGAGUAAUUCAGACCAUGGGAAAAGACCUUACCCCAAUUACACCCUCCAGUGGAUUCACUAUUGAGUUGGCUUCAGCGUUCACAGUUGUGGUAGCUUCCAAUAUUGGACUCCCUAUCAGUACCACACACUGCAAGGUUGGAUCCGUGGUUGCUGUGGGGUGGAUUCGCUCGCGUAAAGCUGUUGAUUGGCAUUUAUUCCGUAACAUCUUUUUGGCCUGGUUUGUCACUGUCCCAGUAGCUGGUUUAUUCAGUGCAGGAGUCAUGGCAAUCUUUCAGUAUGGCAUUCUUCCAUAUGUUUGACAUCUAUUAACUGUAGAAACAAAAGUUUAGUGCAUAAUGUAAAACACCUAGCGCUACAGCAAUACUUUGGGAUGUCUGCUUUGAAGCCCAGCAUAUGAGGAAUGAGAACAGACAAGCCCUAUUUACUCAUCAAAGCAUCAUCUUGGUGUAACUAUUCUAUCUGCUGUAUAUAAUGUCAUAUUGGUGACAUGGUGCGAUGUGGCUCAUUACUACUAUUUAAAAUAAAUAUAUAUAUUCGUAUCGUAGGUAACACUACCAGUGUAUUAUAAUUUGGGAUGGGAGUAAUGUGCCUAGACUUUUUUUUUUUUCCUAGAUAAAAGCUGUACAUAAUGUAAUAUUUUUGUGAGGGUUAUUUUUUUUUUUAAUCUUGAAAAUGGUGUGGAUUAUAAAAGCUCAAGUCUACUCUAAACGAGGUACAGAAGAUAUCAUUCAUACAUUUUUUGUAAACUUGUAUUGAAGUUUGUGAUGAUCUGAAUGCUAAAUAGAGAUACUGGAACAAACAAAUUGCCUUUUGAAAAAUCAGCAUAUAAUUACAUUUGUAUGUAUUAUACUGUAAUUUCAACUGUAAAUAUGUAUAAGCAUAUGUUUUGGUGCAUUUCCCAUUAAUGCGUUGGAAUAAGAAUAUAGGAUGAACCAAAGAAAGUGUGUCGUUUGCUUGACAGGAGUUUGUAUUUGUCAUAUCAAAGGAUUUUCCAAGCAAUACUGUACAACCUGAAGAUUCUUAUAUUUGCCAUUUGUAACAUCAAAUAUAUACAGUUUAAUUUAAUUUUGUAAUAAUAGGUGAAUCAUUGAAUAUCUUACCUGUUGGGGAAUAUUUGAGAAUUUAGUCUGAUUAUAUUUAUGUUUCAAGUUUGGCUAAUCUGGCACCAGUUAGAGCUGUAACGAUGCAAAGUAAGAACAUGUGGAGAAACUUUUGCAUUAACGCACAUAUACCAGCACCUUCUUUUUAUCAACAAUGGAUAGCUUUAAAUAGUAUUGAGUACAUCAUGUUAGCAAAUAUAAAAUAAAUGGCCUAGCAAUCACUGGAAAAACAGCAAUGGUAUGCUGUUUCUAAAUCGAGCUAUACUAGUUUGAAAUCUAAAAUCCUCUAUUCAAUGUGCCAAAAUUUUUAGUGAAGCAGUGGCCUUCAAAAUACAUUUACACCUCAUAUCCAAACCUUUUCAAUUCAUAUCAGGAACACUAAAAAAUCAUGUACAAAUGAAAUAUUAAUAGACUAGUAGUACAUAGUCUAUUAUAACAUGCUUUUACUACCAUGAUCUAGAACAUAAUGUUGAAUGUAGGUUAUUAAUUUCUGUAUGUAUCAUUUAUAACUAUGACAAUGAAGUAAAGGUUGAUCAUUCGAUUAUAUCACAGUUUAAUUCCUAAUGAUGAUUAUCACAGUUGAAGUACUAGGAUGGGAAAGAAACAAAAUGAAAAAUGUCUCUGUCCUAAUGAGCAUCUUUGUUUUCUCCCAGCAUUGUUUUAAAAAAACAAUGCUUUGCACAAAUUUGAAGCUUAUAUCAAAUUUAUAAGCUUACUUUAAAAAAAAAAAAUCUGUAGACUUUUUUAUGUGACAGAACAAAAUUUGCUUUUCUUUCCCUUUAAAAAUUAAAGUGAAGACACAACUAUUUCAAACAUUUUCUCAGCAAUUUGUUUUUCUCUACUGCCUCAGUAUGAAAAAUAAACUAUUAUUAAGGCAUUCACUGAGGAUAAACAUCCAUAGUAUUAAAAAAGAGAGAACCUGAAUUGUGUGCAAGUUGUGGAUGUUGUGUGCUGACUGCUACUUUUGUGAAGGCUUAAAUGUCCAUUUGGGGAGUGGGGAUCAUGCAUUUAACCUCUGCUUUCUAUGUUUUGUACUUAGCUUUUAGACAUCUACAUUUGUUACUAACCUCUGGACUGUAUACAUUAAAAACUGUUUUGUUACACUUCGACAUGUUACAAAUUGAAAAGCAAUACUACUGCAAUUGUUUUCCUAUUCAUUUUGCAAUAUUUGUAUGUAACUAUACUGAUAGAAUUCAUAUUUCACAGGUUUCAUGAUUCGAAUGCUUAAAGGAGAAUUCAACCUGUAAUUAAAAUAAAAACUGCACAUUGGGUGAGUAAAAAAUUAAGGGCAUUUGCCCAUGGGGCAGGUAGGCUGGAGGGAGGGGGUCUACCCAGAGUAGGGGGGGUUUAUUACAGGUUGAAUUCUCCUGAUCUGCACAACAUACAGUAAAUGUAAGGGCUACUCUACACUGGUGAUUUAGUUGCCAUAAACUCAUUUGCUUGAUUCAUGUGAUAUGUGUGGGAUUUAAUCCUCACCUUCAAAAGUUUCCUUUUUCAGAUUAAAAAACGCUUCUCAAAAAUGCUGCUUUGGCAUGGAAGGGAAAUUGUAUAUUGUUCUAUACCCCAAAAACAUGUUGACAAGUUCCGUAAAGUAUCAUUAAUUGUGCUUGUCUAAUGUUCAAAUGGGGAAUUUUACACAACCUUGGACAUAUCAUGUAUCUUGUAUUCAGUCAUGCUGUAGUAAAGACCAUUAAAGCUUUAUAUAUAUACAGGGAAAUAUUCCCCAUGAAAUCUGUUAAUAUAUCUAGCCAAAAUCUCCAGUGUAGACUAGGUCAGAUAAAAAUAAUGGUAAUCUAAGUUCAGACAUUGUUAUACUAUUGGGCUGUCUACCAUUUUGGGUUUUGGAUUUAGUAUCAUGUUACCAUUAAAAUGCUGCUAUUUUUUCAUUAUAAAAUCUUCUGUCAGCAUUUAUGAUAUUUUUUGUUUUACAUUCAUUCUAUGUUAUAUUCUGUUUAACAAAGACAUGUUGUUAUAAUACUACACAGCAUUGGAUUAGCCAGAAAUGAGAAGUUCAAACAAUAGUCAGUGUGUACAUGUGAGUGCAUCUACUUCUGAACAAACUAUACAGCAUAUUUCUACACCUCAGUGCCAAAUGCCCUGUUUGCAUGGUCCAAAAAGAAUGUGGCUGUGAAGCACUUUUCACAUCUAUGCUCCUGAAAUUACUUUUUUUUUUUUUUCUUUAACAUAUGAGUAUAACUACUACUGCUUUUCUGCACUGUCUUGGUAACAAGGCCAGAACCUAUGAGUGAUCCUAAGAGUCCCACAAAUUAAGUCCCAAAUUACUUCUCUGGGGCACCUUGCACUUGUGCCUAUACCUUGAGCAGUGGUGCUCUGCAGCUGCUCAUUUUUUUUCUUUUGUCUCAGAAAGCAUACAUGCACAGUGGCAGCUGCAACAUUAAAGUAGUAUUUAGAUGCUGUACAUCCGUGCAGCCGUUUGCAGCUAGUUUGUCAUCAUUGUACAGGAGCAGAUUUGUUUAUUGGUUUAAGGGGCUGAAUUAAUCUAUUUGAAUGAAUCCUGUAUAAUAGUGCUAGUGUUUUGGGAACAUUUGCUAUCCAUUUCAGCGGAAUGAAUAAGAUGAUAUUUUUGUUUUAAUUACACAGGAUCUUUUGCCAUGUGUAUACAGUAGUAAGUGGCAGUUAAAUGAAGCUCAUGAGUGCAGGGACCCUGCUGAACAGAAUCUAUUUUUGUAUGUCUUGUCAUUCCCAGUACUUUUUGUCAUGUGAUUAUUUUUAAGCCAGUGCAUUGCUGACCUUUGUCAGUUUAAGUGUGUCAUAAAUAUAUAUAUAUAGUUAUAAAUGCAUACAAGAAGGACUGCUAUUACUUUGUAGAUAUGUGGCCCCUGGAAUAUAAAUUGAUUGAUUUCAUUGGUAGACAUCAAAUAUGUAUUCCCUUAUAAAUGAAUAGAUCAUUAAGAAUUGCAAACAUGAAUACAGCACAUUUUUCCAAAAUACAACCAUCAGAAUAAAAUGUUUAAACAGA